AUGAUGAAAGUUUGUUUUCGUAAGAGAUCAAAUAAUCGAAGAUUCAUUUUAUGGAAUCUAUUAAUUAAUAUGACGAUAUUGUUCAUUGCUUAUUUGGACGAUGCGACAAUCGGAUUCCAAUUUGCACAGAAAAUUUAUCAUUGGAAUGUUUCUACUUAUUCUUAUAAUUCCGCUAUCAUGUUACUAAUUAGCGCAGUUAUGAGUACGGUGCUUCCGGCUAUAUUGAUUCACAAAUUACAUUAUUCUGAUACAGCGCUUUCGAUUGUUGGUUCGGCUUCUUAUAUCAUUUCGAUGACAAUUCUUGGUGGUUAUCUGAAGCCAGCGGGCUUUUUUCUAGCUAAAAGUUUACGACCAAUAAUGGCUUUGCUUUCAAUUUGCACCCGAUCAAUUUUAUCAAGAAUAAUCGAUAACCAAGAAACUGGUCAAAUCUUUUCUUUACUUGCAUGUAUUGAAUCAAUCGCACCAACAUUAGGAACUUUCAUUUAUUCAUCCUUGUUCAAUGCAACAAUCGCUACUCUCCCUGGAGCAGCUCAUCAUAUGGGAGCAGUGAUUAUGUUUUACCCUUUUAUCGUAUCACUUUGGCUCAGUUUAACGAGAAAAAAAUGGGAUCCAAUUGAGAUUAAAUUGCAACAAGAAAAUAACAAACGAAAUGUAAAAAUCAAAUCUAUUGACCUAAUCGAUCAAAAAGAUUGAAACGAUUGAAUUCUGAUUGUCCUCAUUUGUCAACACUUUUCGUGAAACAGAAUAAAA